AUUACACUACAUUAUUUUCCUCCUUGAUUACUCGCUGUGCUAAAGAUAUUGAUGCUCUGAUUGAAUCAUUACCUAAUGACGAUACUUCAACUGAACUUCAAGUAUUUAUUAGUAGCAAGUCUAAGAAGAUUAGAGCAGGAAAAUCAAGUUUCUGCUGAAAGGUUAGAAGACGUUGUUCGAAAAGGUGAACUCUUGUUAGAACAGAUUCAAGCAGCUCUUUCUGAUAUUGCUCAGCAGCAAUUAGAUAUUCAACAAAAUAACGAUAAUAAUACAACUUAAAAAGAAAUCAUAAUGAAAGUAAAAAAUAAGAAAAAUGUGGCUAAAGUAUUAUCUGUCAUCAGUAAAACACAUAAAAUUAAAAGAAAUAAAAUAAAACGUCUUACUGACAAAAAAAGCAAAAAAAAUAAAAAAAUAUCAAAGAAAGUAUUGAUAGAGGCUGGUAUAAAACCUGAUUCAAAGAAAUCUAAAAUGACUAUUGAUAAAUCAUGUGCAACAAAUAGUUUAUCAAAAUUGACCAAUGUAAGUUAUAAAGGAACACCAUCGAAUUCUACUCCUACAAUCUGUAGGCCACAAAAAAAGUUUGAUGGAAAUAAAAAUCAAACAUCAUUUCUUAAAAGAAUGAAAGAUAAAUUGAAAAGUGCAAGAUUUCGGUAUUUGAAUGAACAGUUCUACUCCUCUACAAGCCAAGAUGCUUUGACAUACUUUAAAAAAGAACCUGAUGCGUUUAAAGCUUAUCACAAUGGAUAUAUGCAACAAGUCAAACUAUGGCCAGUGAAGCCAUUAGAUAUUAUAAUAAAAAAACUUGCACCAAUGCUUAAAAAGUCUAGUGAAGAAAAUCCAAUUAUUGUGGUAGAUUUUGGUUGUGGAAAUGCCAAACUAGCUCAAACAUUUUCUAAAAAUAAAAUCCAUUCUUUUGAUUUAGUAGCUGUUAAUAAUUAUGUCACAGCUGGAGAUAUGGCUCAUACUAACCUUACUAACGCGUCUGUUGAUGUGGCAGUAUUUUGUUUAUCUCUUAUGGGUACAAACCUACAGUCAUUUAUUAAAGAAGCAAAUAGAGUUCUUAAAAUUGGAGGCAUUAUGAAAAUAGCUGAGGUGGAGAGUAGAUUUGAUAAUAUUAAUACAUUUGUUUUACAAUUAACAAAAUAUGGAUUUGAAAGUAUCAAAAUAGAUAAUUCAAAUGAAAUGUUCAUAUUUAUGGAUUUUAAAAAAAUUCAAGAUAUUAGUAAGACGGCCUUAAAAAAGAAAUUGCCAAUAUUAGAAUUAAAACCUUGUAUUUAUAAAAAACGCUAAUUAUGGAAUAUCGAUGAAGUAUUCCUAUACAUUUUUCAUCAAAUAUGUACAUAUCUGAAAUUGGUGUAAAAAUUGAAAAGUUUUCAUCUAUUGAGUUGUGUAUAAUUAUUUUUAAAAUGUCUACAAUUUAUUUUAUUUUAUGAAUAAAAUUGACCCAGCCGUUUUAAAAACUUAUAAAAAUAUGGAACUUAUUUUAGCAUUAUAAUAAUAAAUAUUUC